GGUGAAUGAUUUCCCCGGGGCGGUGCUGGACUUCUCUGCCACCCACCAGAGUCCUCGGUCGCACCGCCCAAGCGGGCAAGCCUGCCAGCGCUGCCCGGGCACCGGGGACCAUGGCCACGGAUUCUUGGGCCCUAGCAGUGGAUGAGCAGGAAGCCGCGGCUGAGUCGUUGAGCAACUUGCAUCUUAAGGAGGAGAAAAUCAAACCAGAUGCCAAUGGGGCUGUUGUUAAGACCGAUGCAAAGGCAGAGAAGACAGAGGAAGAUGAGAAAGAGGACAGAGCUGCUCAGUCUUUACUCAACAAGCUGAUCAGAAGCAAUCUUGUGGAUAACACCAACCAAGUGGAAGUCCUGCAGAGGGACCCAAGCUCCCCGCUCUACUCAGUGAAGUCCUUCGAGGAGCUUCGCCUGAAACCACAGCUUCUCCAGGGAGUCUAUGCUAUGGGUUUCAACCGCCCUUCCAAAAUACAGGAGAAUGCAUUGCCUUUGAUGCUUGCUGAACCGUAUACCCGCAAAACAGCUAGCUGGCUGGCAGCAGAGCUCUCAAAAGAAGGCCACCAGGUGGCCCUGCUGAGUGGAGAGAUGAUGGUGGAGCAGAGGGCCGCNGUGAUCGAGCGCUUCCGAGAAGGCAAAGAGAAGGUUCUGGUGACCACCAACGUGUGUGCCCGUGGUAUNGAUGUUGAACAGGUGUCUGUGGUCAUCAAUUUUGACCUCCCUGUGGACAAGGAUGGGAACCCAGACAAUGAGACCUACCUGCACCGCAUUGGGCGCACAGGCCGCUUUGGCAAGAGGGGUCUGGCAGUGAACAUGGUGGACAGCAAGCACAGCAUGAAUAUCCUCAACAGGAUCCAGGAGCAUUUUAAUAAGAAGAUAGAAAGAUUGGACACAGAUGAUUUGGAUGAGAUUGAGAAAAUAGCCAACUGAGGCGCUUGCUNCUCCAUGGGNUGGUGCCACCCUCAGCNCUCNCUGCCUGGGAAUCUAGUGCUCUCGUGGCAUAGGCCUUGACGGGCCCCUCAGAGACCACGGGCUGAGUAGAGACUACCUACCUCAUUCAGAAUUACGUUUGGACUUGACAGAAAUUUGUGCAAAUGAUGAGGGAUGGUAGAAAAUUUGUUUACACAACUUUGGAAGAUUAGGCAUGAAUACACAGAAAUUUACCUUUUCAAGUCCCGUCUUUUUUUUUUUUUUUUUUUGAACAGUAUUUUCCAAUCAUUACACUGAUCUAGAUAAUAUGCCUAGGAUUCCUUGUGACAAACCUUAGCUGUUUGUGACUUGGAGUUCGCAGGCCAGCCUUGUUGAAGUGACAGCACAGAACAGAGAGCACACAGAGGCAGAGUCCCCAGGGAGGAGGAGGAUAUAAGCCAGUCUAGUGUCAGAAGGAUGGCAUGAGGCACUGGAGUUGGCCUGUGGACUGCUGCUUAGGACUUGGUGUGCAAUGGCUAAGCUGGGUGUUAACCAGACCCCUGCUGACACUCUUUCCAGGAAAAGAUUUGCCAUGUUGGACCAAAAUGCCUUUGGGGCUUCUCCUUAAACUUUGUGGCUCAGGAACAUGGGCAGUCUAUAUGUAGUGCAAAUCUGGUUAUUGGUGAGUUCUUGGCUCAUACUUCAGCAAGACCUGUGGAGAAGUUGUCCUGGAAGAUUAGUGGUACCUCUGGCUUACCAUAACACCUGGAUCAUGGCUACUUGAACCAUAGUUUUUACAUCUGUAACAUCAUUUGGAUUGUUAGUAGUCCCAGGCAAAUAAAAGGGUACUGAGAUUUGGGUUUUAAGUGAGUACUGUAGCUUAAAGUUUCUGAUGGGCAGGCAGCCUUGAUCAAAGCAGGCUAGGCAUGGUCAGCAGUUGCCAAAAAUCCUUGCUUUUUUUGCGGUUCCUGAAAGAUUAGUCCUGUCAGUGCUGGGGAGUGAUUGCAGACAUUGGGCAUCGUGGUUCUAAAGGAAUUCUGAUGGUCUGUGUUCACAGUGAGUGUGAUGAGGGACAGGACGGACCACAGACGUUUGUCUGUCCACAAUGAGGCAUCGCCAAGCAUUUACUCAUUUCUCCCUUAGCACCCAUCAGUAGAAUAGUAAAAGCAUACAAUAAAAACAGAAUUCCUCAUACUGGCUAGGCCAUAGAUAGCACACAGUGACAGCAACUUGGAAGGAUGGAGAAGCACCCUCUACAGUGCUUUGACUUGGACGGGGUUAUUCUUCUCUCUAGGGUUUGUUUUGUUGCAUGUAUGUGUUGUGCUGGGACUCAAACCUGGAGCCGUGUGUUCUGCUAACUAAGCACAUUACUCUGAACUAUUAUUUCCAGCCAUGAUGGAGGAAUGUUGUAGUGAGAGAUAUUGAUCUGUUUUUCCAUAUUUUAAUGCCAGCUCCGACACCUGGGAAAGGAGGGUGCCACCAUGGCUACUGCCUGGUGGUUGUUCAGUGUCACAGAGAAACCAGCAGGGUGCCUGGUCUCCACUCUCCAGUGGGGACUUGAAUAGAAUUCUCUGUGUGCUCCUGGCCAACUUUGAUCUAUUUUAGAAGUGUUAAAAGGAGAGAAUAAACUUUUUCUCCCAAAAUACUGUGGACCAAACUUGAAAUAACUGAAACAAGGACUGUAGUUAGAGAAGUGUGUGACUCUUCCCUGAGUCUGAGGAGAUGGAGCAAGGCAAGCAGCAGCCUCUCCAGUGGCUUCUGGUGGAAGUGUAGAUGAGCGCUCCUAACUUAGUGUUCUGCACCUCGGAGAAUACUGGAUGGGUUUCAUGGUGUCUUAGGAAGACUCCCAAAAGAUUAUCCACCUUUUAAAAAGGUGAGUCCUACAUUGUGGAUGGCUCUGGCAUGUCACUAGUGUCUUGUGGACCAUAUUCCUUCACAGCCUACAUUCACUCGUGCCACCAUCUAUCCCCCAGGGGCAGGUUAGCACUGUCGGGAGCCUUAAGAAAGUAUUGAGCUUACAAGAGCCUUGGUCCCAGGGAUUUGACUGAUGUCAAUAAAGUUAUGUAUCUAUGAAGUGAUAAACUGAGCUCUUGGACAAAGGAGCUCAGGGAAAGAAUGAAGGGAGAAGCUCAGGGAAAGAAAUAUUUUUGUCUAAUGAAAAGUUUUGUGAUGUUCAUUACCCACAAACAAAUUUAUAUUGGAUUUUUAUUCGUUGACCUCAAACUUAAAUUCCUGCCUCAGUUUCCUGAGUACUAGAAUUAUAGGUGUGUACUAUCAUGCCAGACUGAGGUAUUUUUGUUCUGUGUAUCAUUUACUGGUUAUAUGCAUGCAUAAGAUCUGAUAAGUUGUUGAGACAUAGUCUUUUAGGGAUUUGGGAUUCUUGUUUUUGUUUUUUGAGACAGGGUUUCUUUGUGUAUCCCUGGCUGUCCUGGAAUUUGCUCUAUAGUAGACCAGGCUGGCUUUGAACUCCAAAAUCCACUCCUACUUGAGCCUAGUUGAGCCUCCAACUCCUGAGUGCUGGGAUUAAAGGUGUGCACUACCACACCCUGUAUGAUGUAGUUUUUGCUGGUGUUAAUUAUGAACUGUUCAUGUUACUAAGACAGUAAUGAUUAUAAGAAGGAAGUAGCAUCUUCUGGUUGUUGAUAUAUUAAGUAAAGUUAAAACCACGUUCAGCUAGUAUUAGUCUUUGUCAGUUGGUGAGCAACGAGGGCAUCUCCAUAGACCCAGGAUUCUGCUCACUUGCCAGGCAUUUACAAAUACAUGCACACGCACACAUGCGCAUAUGUGCACACACACACACACACACACACACCACCCCACUUUAGUAAAACAGGAUAAUGUGGGUCACUGCCUGUGAAGUCAGUCUGUGGUUGCAUCCUCCAGGAGUGAUGAUGUACACCAGUCGGUCGCUGCAUUAGCAAGAGUGAUAUUCCAUGCCUGUAGUCCCAGCGUCAGCAAAGCUGAGGCCGGAGGGGUUUGAGCUUAAAGUGAGCCCAGCCUACAUAGGUCCUGUCUCAAAAAACAAAACAAAAAAACAAUCUGAGUGUGGUAGUUCAUGCCCAUAAUCCUGGCAUUUGUGGUAUGAAAGCAGGAAGUUCAGGAGUUCAAAGCUAACCUAGGCAAUAAGAGGCUGGGUCAGGGCAUUCCACCUGAAGAUAGGUCUUUCCUAUUUGUUACAAAAUCUCUGUCCAGGACUGGUAUAAAGCGUUCCAGAGGCCAGAGAACAUUGAAUAAAGGAAUGGGGUUUUUGUGUGAGGAAGCAGGCUCAUGACAAGAUUUGCAAGGAAAGGAUUCAUCCUCAGGUACAAAGAGAAGUUGAGGCUAGCCUGGUCUACAUUAAGCCCUGUCUCAGAAAGCAAAAGAGUAAAAAGUAUUAGGUACAGUGGUGAUUUUUUAUUUAUUGCAGCACUCAGGAGGCUGAGCCAGUAGUGCUGAGUUUAAAGCCAGCCUGGGUUACUUAGAAACAGGCCAGCCUUAGCUGUGUGUCAAGUUGACAAGGGUGAAAGAAGUAUCCUGGGAACACAGCUCAAGUGGCCCUGUGUGGGAAAGUCAGGGUUCACAGGGUAAAAUGCUGCUACUGCUGCUGCUCAGUGUUUGUUGUUUAACACAGGCUGGCCUGGAAAUCAAAGAAUUCUACCUCAGCCUCCUGAGUGCUGGGAUUCUAAGCAGGAGCCGCUAUGACCUGGCGACUAAAUUUUGACUGUAUAUCACAGUCCAGUGUCCUGCUGUGACAGAAUAGCCAGGACUGAGUAGUCUGAGGACAAGGGAGCCUGCAGGCCAGGAGGGGGACAUCAACAUCAGAGCCUUAGCAGCAGGAUGAGGAGUUCUGAAAUCAGUGUAGCAAAAUUGGCUUUCUGUUGCUGGAGGAGGGAACUUGACUGCCUGCCUCCUCUGCCCUCACCACGUGAGGUAAUGCUGAAGGCUUCAUGGACUCUCAAGUUUCUCUUGGUCCUCUUUUAGAGACACCAGACUCCUGGGAUGUCAUUACAAGUUUACAUGGCUUUGCUUCUCUGCUUGAGAGUAAAUACCCUGUGCUCUGUUGCCUGGCUGUUGUGGUGUCUUCUACAAAGGACCCUGGUGCACGAAAUUAACCCAAGAAACUUAUGCUGAGGCACAUACACUGCUUUUCUCACCCUUAGCUGAGCUAGAGCUUUCCCAGAGCAGCUUGAAACCCUAGCGUGAAGAUGCAGAUGUGUGCUUUUCUUGGCCUCCAGACUGUCUUGGCUUUAGAAUCUGAGGGGGCAGGGGAGUGGCUGCUCUUGUCGUAGUUUCAGUCAUGAAGUGGGGAAUGUCUAGAAGAUGGAGAAAGGUGUGGUGACACACAGCUGUAAUCCUAACACUUGCAGGGCUGAUGGUUGAGACUUUGGAGUACUGCUAGGACUACAGGGGUCUGGACUGUGUGAUAAGAUCACGUCUCUUCAAAAUCAAAAGGACAGGUCAAGCUUUCCCGUGACGCCCGACAUGUCUGCUGCCCCCCCCCCCCGCCUCCGCCCCAGUCAGUGGACAGAGAGACGAGGGUGACAGAGCAGAUCCUCUUGUGUCUUUUUGAGCCCAGGACUGCAGCUAGCUUUUGCCAGCAUAAGAGAUAGCCUUCCCCACAAGACUGCUGUUGCUCAGUGUGUUUUUCCCAUUCCAAUUCUUCAACUUAAGAGCAGCCUACUGAGUGUAAGUUAUUGUAAUUAUUCCCUGAGGGCAAGCCUCUCCUUUACUCUUGAAGGAACAAGUCAAGUCAUGUGGCCAAUUAAGCAUGCUUUUUUGUUUUUCUUUUUUCUUUUGGAUUGGGUUUUGUAUGUGUGUAGUUCAUUUUGCUAUCUGACAGCAGUAGCUGCUAAAUAUGUGUAGAAAUUAUCAAGAUAUGGCUAGUGAGAUGACUGGUUAUUGCAGGUCCAGUUCCUGAAGGUAGGAGAAAACUAGCUAGCCUCAGGGAGUUGUCCUUAGACCUCAUUAGUGGGGCAAUGGUGCAUAGU